UUGCUUGCUCUCCCAUCCCGUACAAAACCCUCAACCACCCGUCGUUCCGCCCUCUGCAACCCCCCCGGUGUCCUCCCCCCCUCCCAAUUGAGCCAGCCACCGUCCACAUAUCAAGAUGCUCGUCCAAUUGUCCCGCGCCACUCGCGCCGCUUCGGCUGUCUCUCGGCUGGCGAGGCCCAGCGCCGUCCAGAUGAGGGGAUUCAUCGCCCCCACGGUCUCGCGAAGAGCCGACUUCGUUCAGGAGCUCUACCUCAAGGAGCUCAAGGCCUACAAGCCCACCCCCGUCAAGGACUCUGACGCUCAGGGCCAGGUCCAGACCUUCUCCAUCCCCCAGGCUCCCAAGUCCCCCGAGGAGACCGACCUCGCCGCCAGCCUGAAGGAGUACGAGAGCAUGGCCGUCGAGGUUGAGGGCCAGGACGCCUCCGCCGUCGCCGCCAACGGCGAGCCCGUCAAGCACGACUGGCUCAUGAUCGAGGAGGACGAGGAGGAGCCUCACCACUAAACGCGGGCAUUUGCCCCCAGGUCCCAUAUCGAAAAAAGUUUUUUACGAACACCGCAUUGUUCACCCCCCGUCUUAAACAACCGAUCGAAACAAACCCUAUCCUGUGAAGCGACUGGGGAAAAGUGCCUUUUCAACCUUCGCGUUCUUGGGAUCUUGUAAACCCUGCCGCUUGCCCCCCGACGGACCGAAGGAGUGGAAGUGUGUUUGAUGGAGAGAGGAGAGAGGGGAGAGAAAGCUCAUGAGAGCCGAAUUACGAGAGGAAAGAAGGUGUGCUGGGAGGUGGUAAUCCCGUGUAUAUUGUCCAACUGAACCUCGCUGGCUAGGAAUGCUAUUUGCAUGCACUUACAAUAUUGCCGUGCCCAUCGUGUGGUUAGCACCCCUGAUCAAUGGUGCUCGUAAGACUGGCGCGCCAUUCUAGCAUCGACGAUCGAGGUCGCUUCUUCAGUCUUCGCUGCCAUACGCCUACUGACUGCAUCGUGCUUGGCCCUAGACUUGGUGUCCUUCCUAGAUACUUGACUUUAAUGCUUUAAUGUAGCCAGGCUGCCGACAUGGCCAUCGAACUCGCCAGAAGAUAGGUACAUGUGGGCCCCGGAAUCUUCCGGAAGCCAGCCAAUGCGCAAACCUCCACGACGUAGAAAACCAGACCUUCCGCGAGAGAGAGAAAGAGAGAGAGAAGACGAGCACUUGCGAAUUGGAGAAAGCUUCUAGGGACGAAAAUUCGGUCCAUUUCGGGGGCGUCCUUUCCCCCCGUAUCUCGAACAGCGGCACGGUGGGGGAUUGAAGAGUCAUCAUCCCACGCCUUCUUCGCUCGGUAGUUGUGUGUUCCCAAUGCAUCCGCCUUCGUCUCUGGGCAACAAGGAUGACACGACAAAACAAAAAACAAAAAAACAUGGGUUUGAAUGUUGAUGAACCGUCACCCCCAUCUUCUGGUUGAAAGAACGGUCACCACCGCAGACAGACAUACCUCCCCCCACCUGUUCUCUUCCAUGCAAAACUUCAACUAGCUCGACUGCGGCCAAUUGACCGGGCUCAGGAUCCAGCCUCAGUGUCAU